AUGCUGGGUCUCUGGGUCGUGUUUCUGUUUGCAUUUCCAUGCUGUAUUGUCGCCUACCUGACCUUCCUGCCAAAGUCCUUUCCUCGAAAUAUACCGGUGGCCGCUCUAUGGCCACAGAUAUAUGACACUAUUCGAGGGCUGUCAAGGGUGGAUUCAUACAACAGGCGAAUUCGUCCGCUCAUCGAGAAGCACGGCGCGGUGGCAUUCUGGCGACAUGGCCAGUGGACUGUCCUUGUUACCAAACCGGCAUACCUGGUCCAAAUAUUCAAGAAAACCGAUAGGACCUUGUCGAAAGCUGGGCAUUUCCAUAGACGACCAGGAAGUACAAACGCCAGGCUCUUCGGGGAGAACAUCUUCAAUUGCCGUGAAGACCUCCACUCUACCUUUUCCAAGAUCCUGAGGCCAGGGAUCUUGAGACCAGCACCAAUUGCGUCCAUGAAGGCUAAGACGCAACAGCUGGCAAUGCGGUUAUUGCGUGACCAGACAUCGGAGCAUGGUGGUGUCGGCACCUGCAUUCGAACAGCGGUGUGGACUUGGUCCAUCUCAUUGUACGGGGAAUAUUUUUUAGACACAGAGCUUGAUUCCCUAGAGUUUACCCGCUCAAGCGUUCAGCAGAUAUUACGAACACUCAACUGUAGCGUUAUUGGACGAUUCGAAUUUCUCUUUCCACUUCUACGCCAUUUGCCCUGGAAACCACACAUCCUGCAACGGACUGGUUCACAGUUACGCCAGCUUGAGCUGGAUUUGUUACAUGAGGUCGAACAGCGAAGAAAGAUGCCACCUUCGCCAUAUUCGGCAGAUAAGGUCAUCUAUCUCUUAGGCAGGGCAAAAGAUGAGACGGAAAUCUCCGAGUUCCAUUACCGUUCCAACCACAAACAGUUGUUUGUGGCUGGCCAUGAGAAUGUAGAGGCGGUAUUAGUUUCGGCCAUGUUGCAAUUAGCAAAACACCAAGACAUCCAGAGUCGCCUACGAUCGGCUGUGACACAGGAGUUCCCUGCCAAUUACUCUGUCGAGGACUUAGAUCGGCUUCCGUUGUUGCUGGCCGUCAUUUACGAGACUCUACGCCUUUAUCCGCCGCUGUGGACUUUGACUAACCGUAGAAGCUCAGAGCCGUUCAUCCUCGAGCCGGACAUCAUUAUUCCUCCAAACACCCUAGUGGGUUGGCAUGCAUAUGGCAUUCACACCGAUCCGCUUGAAUGGGGAGAAUCUGCAGGCCAAUUUAACCCCCUUCGAUGGGGUGCAAACUGCGCGGCGAUUAACCGAACUGUGCGUGCAAAGCAGACACAUGGAGCAUAUAUACCUUUUGGAAUGCAUUCAAGACGAUGCCUGGGCAGUGGCUACGCAUUGACCUUGCUCAAAGUUGCUCUCUGCGAGCUUCUACGGACCAUAGAAUGGAGUCUUCCUUCGGAAUACAAAAUGAGCUUCAGCAAUACUCCAGUAAUGCGUCCAGAUGACUGCGGCUUUGUUGUACGGAAGACAAUGUGCUAA